AUGGAGGAGCGGGCCUCCGUGCCCGCCCCGCUCGCUUCGCAGCCCCUGGGGAGUUCCGCGGGCCGGCCUCGCUGGCCGGCGUCCAUCGGAGGUCAGCAGCUGGCCUGGAGCCGGGUGCUUCUGGAAGAGCCCCCAGAGGAGGAGGACGGCGCGCGACCGCCAGCGCCCCGGUGCAGGUUCAGGGCCGCAGGUUUCCAAGGCUGGAAGGAAGGAACUUCUCUGUUUAGUAAAGACGACAAAGAACAUCUGCUCGAGAGAUGCAAAUCUCCCAAGUCCAAAGUAACCAACUUACGACUUAAAGAAGAGUUGAAGGCAGAGAAGAAAUCUGGAUUUGGGGACAGUUUGGUUUUAAAACAGAACAACCAGUCUCGAAAACCAGAUGAGAUGGAAGGCUGGGAACCCCAACUCAGUUCUGAAGAUGUGGUGGCCCAUGUGGACGCUGCUCACCCUGACUUGAGGAGUAGCCACUCACCCUGGCCUGGCUGGGACGGUGACAGCAAGGGCUCUACCAAGUACACCAGCCUGUCCAGUUCAGCCAGCAGCUCCUGCUGGAGUCUCCGGUCGGCGGGGACGUUGGUCAGCAUUCGGCGACACAGCAAGGGCCAGCUGACGGACGCGGUGGAGGAGGCGGAGUGAGCAGAGGAGCCCUGUUAUGCUUGUCUAGCCUUUAGUUUAGGGUUUGCUGGGCCUAACGACCCUCUGCUAGCACACCAUUAAGUCACCCAACCCUCCCUCAUUCUAGAAGUCCGUAGAGUGCCUGAGAGUCACGCUGGAAACCACAUGCAUAGUGGCUCCUGGUGGUGUUUGUUUGCCUUACCUUGGACAUGUCCAUAUCUGCUGAACCUGGACAUGAGCAUCUUUCAUGCUGUCCAGUGAUAGCGAAAUGACCUGAUGUCUCCACAGAGUGAAGCUGGCUUCGGUCACUGUCUUUCAUGACCUGUCGCCUUCCCCCUGAAUGUGACAGAUGCUGCUCGACUUGAAAAUGUG